CGGCCCCACGCCGCCGGAAGCGGAAGCAGCGCCCGGCACCUCCAGAGGACUCGUAACUGCCGCCGCGAUGCCGAAGGGUCCCAAGCAGCAGCCGCCCGAGCCCGAGUGGAUCGGGGACAGCGAGGGCACGGGCGCCGCGGACAAAGUGGUGAAGAAAGGCAAAAAGGACAAGAAGACCAAAAAGACGUUCUUUGAGGAGCUGGCAGGAGAAGAUAAACAAGCUGGGGAAGAGAAGAAACUACAGAAGGAGCAGCAGCAGCAGCAGCAGCAGCAGCAGCAACAGCAGCAGAAAAAGCGAGACGCCCGCAAAGGCCGUCGGAAGAAGGAUGUGGACGAUGACGAUGAGGAGGAGAAGGAGCUCAGGGAGCGUCUUAAGCAGCUGUCCGUGCCCGUCAGUGAUGAGGAAGACGAGGUGCCUGCCCCAGUGCCCCGAGGAGGGAAGAGGGCCAAGGGUAGGAAUGUUUUUGAAGCCUUGACUCAGGAUAUGAGUGAGGAGGAAGAGGAAGAAGAGAAACACGCUUCCAAGCCCGCCAAGCCAGAGAAGAAUCGCAUAAACAAGGCUGUAUCUGAGGAGCUGCCUGGGCUCACGAGCAAAAAGGGAAAGGAGGAGAAGUCAAAAGGGAAGGCUAAGCCUCAAAAUAAAUGUGCUGCUCUGGACACUGAAGGGGAAGAUGAUGAAGGAAGGACCAGAGGGGAGGAGCCUCCCAAGCAAGGGACGGACAGAGGGAAAGCCGAGAAGACGGAGCAGGUGGGGGGGGGGGGUGGCUCAGGGGAGGAGACAGAAGAGAAAGAGGAUGGGGUGAAGGCAAGUGACCCGUAUGCUCACCUCAGCAAAAAGGAAAAGAAGAAGCUAAAGAAACAGAUGGACUAUGAGCGCCAGGUGGAGUCCUUAAAAGCUGCUAGUGCUGCAGAAAGUGACUUCUCCGUGUCCCAGGCAGAGGUGUCCUCCCGCCAGGCAAUGCUAGAGAACGCGUCUGACAUCAAGUUGGAGAAGUUCAGCAUCUCGGCCCACGGCAAGGAGCUGUUUGUCAAUGCUGACCUGUACAUUGUAGCAGGCCGCCGCUAUGGGCUGGUGGGACCCAAUGGCAAAGGCAAGACCACCCUCCUGAAGCACAUCGCCAACCGCGCCCUGAGCAUCCCCCCGAACAUCGAUGUGCUGCUGUGUGAGCAGGAGGUUGUGGCUGAUGAAACACCAGCCGUGCAAGCUGUUCUUCGCGCAGACACCAAGCGACUGCAGUUGCUAGAGGAGGAGAGGCGGCUUCAGGGGCGGCUGGAGAAGGGGGACGACGCUGCUGCCGAGAAGCUGGAGAAGGUGUAUGAGGAACUGCGGGCUACUGGGGCAGCGGCUGCAGAGGCCAAGGCGAGGCGGAUCCUGGCUGGCUUGGGCUUCGACCCUGAGAUGCAGAACCGGCCCACACAGAAGUUCUCCGGGGGGUGGCGGAUGCGCGUGUCCCUGGCCAGGGCGCUGUUCAUGGAGCCCACGCUGCUGAUGCUGGAUGAACCUACGAACCACCUGGACCUCAACGCCGUCAUCUGGCUCAACAACUACCUUCAAGGCUGGAGGAAGACACUGCUGAUCGUCUCCCAUGACCAGGGCUUUCUGGACGAUGUCUGCACCGAUAUCAUUCACCUGGACGCCCAGCGGCUCCACUACUACAGGGGCAAUUACAUGGCCUUCAAGAAGAUGUACCAGCAGAAGCAGAAGGAGCUGCUGAAGCAGUACGAGAAGCAGGAGAAGAGGCUGAAGGAGCUCAAGGCUGGGGGCAAGUCCACCAAGCAGGCGGAAAAACAAACGAAGGAAGUGUUGACUCGAAAGCAGCAGAAGUGCCGGCGGAAAAACCAGGAUGAAGAGUCCCAGGAGCCCCCGGAGCUGCUGAAGAGACCCAAGGAAUACACCGUCCGCUUCACCUUCCCGGACCCGCCGCCUCUCAGCCCGCCUGUGCUAGGGCUGCACGGUGUGACGUUCGGCUAUGAGGGGCAGAAGCCACUCUUUAAGAACCUGGAUUUUGGCAUCGACAUGGACUCACGCAUCUGUAUUGUGGGCCCCAAUGGUGUGGGGAAGAGCACACUGCUGCUGCUGCUGACUGGCAAGCUGACCCCGACCAACGGGGAAAUGAGAAAGAACCAUCGGCUGAAAAUUGGCUUCUUUAACCAGCAGUACGCAGAGCAGCUGCACAUGGAGGAGACGCCAACUGAGUACCUGCAGCGGAGCUUCAACCUGCCCUACCAGGACGCCCGGAAGUGCUUGGGCCGCUUUGGCCUGGAGAGCCACGCCCACACCAUCCAGAUCUGCAAACUGUCUGGAGGGCAGAAAGCCCGAGUUGUGUUUGCAGAGCUGGCCUGUCGGGAGCCUGAUGUCCUCAUCCUGGAUGAACCGACCAAUAACUUGGACAUAGAGUCUAUUGAUGCCCUGGGGGAGGCCGUCAAUGAGUACAAGGGGGCUGUGAUCGUUGUCAGCCAUGAUGCCCGGCUCAUCACAGAAACCAACUGCCAGUUGUGGGUGGUGGAGGAGCAGAGUGUCAGUCAAAUUGAUGGAGACUUCGACGACUACAAGCGAGAGGUGUUAGAGGCCCUGGGUGAAGUCAUGGUCAACCGCCCUCGGGACUGAGCGGCCCUCCUGGGAGGCUUCUCAGACAAGAUGCUGCGG